CAGGUAUGCAUUGCCACUCAUCCGGAUACGAUAUUUAAGCAAUACAAUAGAGCGACCUUAAGGUUUAUCUGGAGAGCCACGUUGUCGUACAGGGCCUGCCGUCGCUGCCGUGUGGGUCGAUAGUUGGUGUGGCACGCGGCCAGACGCACGAGUCGUCCUCCACGAUCUGGUCCUAAGGCAUCCCUCACGUCAUUCAUAAAAACAGAGAGGCCGUCCUGAGGCCCAGCCAGGGUGCUGUGGUGCGGCCCGCCCUCCAAAACUGGCUGGAAGGCACCGCGACGCCCCCGCGGCGCCAACACGGCGCGGUGUCGGCGGCUGUGGCACAGUGAGGGAGGAGACCGUGACUUCUUUAAAGAGCGAAUUUUGUUGAGUGCGUUGUGGCCGUGCAGCAGCGGGCUUUGCCCUGACGUGCGUGUGGCGGUGCAGGACCUCUCAAGUGGCCUCUCGUGUGGCCGCCAGUGUUGAUGAAGCCCUCGAGGAGCAUCUGGCGGCGCGGGGAGGCUGGCGUGUGGGUGUGAGGGCUCUCCUCCCCUAAACGUGACAGACGUCGACAAGUGAAGCUUGAAAACGGUGCUUCUCGUUGGUGCUUAACGCCUCCUGCUGCUUCCUCAAGUGGUCGUGUCCGUCCCCUCAGGCAGGGACAGUGUCACCUCCACACAGCUGGUGGCGUGGAAGGGCAGCACGCCAGCUGUCCAGGCGGCCCGAGGUGUCCAAGUCGAUAAAUGCCAGCGUGAGGUUGUUGUGGUGAUGGUGGAGGCGAGCCGCCGCGAUGGUGCUGAGCCUUGAGCAUCUCCUCCGCACUCUGUUCCCCCUCCUGGUGACCCCUCUAUGCUCCUGGGCAUCGGUGACCUGACCUGACAUGAGCGACAUGCCCCUCUGCAUGACCCACGACGCCGGGGGAGAGGAGGGUCAGGGGCCGAGCCGGGAGGUGAAGCAGGAGGGAAGCAGCAAGUCCCCGGCGGAGGAGGAGGAGCUGGACGGGGAGGUACGGAGGGCAACUGGUGGAUCCUCGGACCUGGAAGAGGAGCAGGAGGCCAGCCAGCCUAGCCAGACCACCAGCAGACAGGGAUCCCUGUACGACAACAACAACUACCACGAGGAAUGCCUGCGCUGCAACUCCUGCGGUCUCAACCUGACCGGACCCAGCCAGACCAGAGCCCGCCGCUACAAGAACCAGUUCCUGUGUGACCUUCACUUCGCCGAUGUCGCCCUCAUGGAGACCUCAGACUUCCUCCAGCAGCUGCGCUCCUUCAAGCCGCAGAGCCUCGGGUGUGCGGUGGCCAGGCGGAAGUCGUCCACCACCUUGAUCUUCCCACUCCCGCCCCAGGCAUGCUCAGAUGAGUUUUGCUCCGGGUACCCGCACAGUCUGCUUCCCACCCCGGGUUACUGGAUAGAGUGCGCCGGCCAAACUGUUCCCGACGACACCAUAUGGGACGAGUCUGAGCCAGAGCUGGACGACGCCUCCCCGCAGAGCGACCACCCUGACAAGGCGGACCAGAACAUACAGGUGUGUCCGGGUGGGCAGGUGCCGGUGAUCAACGAGCCGUCGCGGCAGAAGACGUGCAUCCAGGAGCAGUGGGAGAGAAAUGGCCAGUUUGACCUGACGAGCAUCGAGCAGGAGACCUACGAGAAGUACUUCUAUGGCUCCGAGCACUGGAACUACUUCACGCAGGACGAGGACCUGGGGCCAGUCAUCCUCUCCCUCAAGCAGGAGACCUCCAAUGGCAGGGACCAGUUCAGGAUCAUGGUGCGCGGCAUCUCGUACACGGUGCACGGCCUGGUUCCCGCCUCGUGUGUGUUCGCCGACCGCUACAACAGGGAGGAGGUAGUACGCUCCUUCGGGAGGGAGAUCAACCUUAACCCGCCUCUCGUCCUCGGCCAGCUGCCUGACAUCCCCGAGGAGCUGCUCAAACUUGACCAGGUGUUCAUCAAGAGCGAGCUGAAGGUGGGCGUGGUGUACGUGCGGGAGGAGCAGUUCACGGAGGAGGAGAUACUGGACAACAACGACACGUCCCCACUGUUUGAGGAGUUCCUGCAGAUACUCGGCGACAAAGUGCGGCUGAAGGGUUUCGACAAGUACAAGGGCGGGUUAGACACCGUGCAUGACCUAACGGGCCUGUACAGCGUGUAUGCCAACUGGAGGAACAUCGAGAUCAUGUUCCACGUCUCCACGCUGCUGCCAUACGAGAAGCACGACCCGCAGAAGCUGCAGAGGAAACGACACAUCGGCAACGACAUUGUGUGUGUGGUGUUCCUGGAGGCAGACAACACGCCCUUCUCCCCCGCCUGCAUCAAGUCACACUUUUUGCACACUUUCAUCGUGGUCAGGACGAGCCCCAGGAUCAAGUUCAAGCCCACAAGAUAUGAGGUGGCCGUUGUGUCGAGGGAUGAGGUGGGGGCGUACAAGCCUUACCUGUUUGAGCAGAGCUGCUUUGAGAAGGGCCCCAUGUUCCGUGAGUGGCUCCUUACCAAGAUUGUGAACGGCGAACGUGCCUCCUACUCCGCGCCCAAGUUUGCCCGCAUGCAGGACCGCACCCGCUCCCAGAUGCUGGAGGACCUCGUCAACAACCUGCAGAACCACGCCGAGACAGGCCAGAUACCGAAGCCCUACAGACGCGGGUCGUGGCGGCCCAUCGGUCACAUGCGGCCGUCGUCGCCGCUGCUGGACUCGGUGCGGGACCUGUUCGAGGGGCACGAGCAGCUGGCCAAGGACUUCACCCGUGCCUUCCACAACAGCGACAACCAGUUUAACAACAUGCUCUUCGACGUAACCUUCCUGGUGGGGUCUGGCAAAGAGAAGUGCAAGCUGUACGGCGUAAGGGCCAUCCUGGGGGUGCGCAGCAGAGUGUUCCAGGAGAUGCUGUAUGGCUUCAGCACAGGCUUUGGCUCCCCGCAAGUGUCAGUGGCGGACAUCCUGGCACGAGCCGUCCCCACCCUCCACUCGCCCUCACACAAACCCAAGAGCUCUAACUUCCUUCAGGUGCCUGACAUAGAGACGCCGCGGCCCAAGAGUGUGCCCAAUUCCCCCAUCGUGAUGCGCGCCUUCUCCCGCCUCGGCACCCUCACCUCGGGGUGGGGCAGGUCAUCCAAGAAGAACGAUCGACUCUCUGUGGAGGACAAGAAGAAGUGGUCCUCCUCACAAGACUGCUCAGGGAAGGAAGGCAAGGAGCGCCAGGGUGAGAAGAACGCCCUAGCUGUGCCGCGCCUCAGUGUGUGUGCCGACGGGGGCAAGGUGGACCGGGCGAGGCUUUGCCAGACGGAGGUACGUGUGAUGGUGCCGCAGACUUCGGAGCGACGCCAGACUCAAUUCACCAUCAUCGAAUUUGAGCCUGAGACGCUAAGGAUCCUGCUGGACUACCUUCACACUGGGUCCUGUCCCCUGACCUGCACCUCCAUCCCUGGCCUCAUCUGUGCUGCUGAGCAUUAUGACCUCCCAGAACUCCUUCAGGCCUGCUUCCAUCAUGCCAAGCAGUUCCUCCGUAUUGAAGUGGUGUGCAACAUGCUGAGCAGCCUUGAGAACUACUACUGGCGCUACACCUCUGCCUCAGAGCUGGUCAACAUGAUCCUUGCCUUUGUGGAGACUCGUGCUGUGCAGGUGUUUCAGUCAGCAGACUUCCUCCAGCUGUCUGAGUCUAUGGUGAACAUGAUGAUGGCAAGGAACCUGGAGGUGGCUGAGAUCACCAAGUUUGAGGCGAUGCUGGCGUGGGCCAAGAAUCGUGUCAAGGUGAAGGGUGCGUCCAAGGCUGACUCCCGUGUGGAGUUCCGCUGCAUCAUGGAGAGGCUAACCAGGGAGCUGAAGCUGUACAGGAUCUCCCCUCAGGAUCUCAUUAAGAUUGUAUUACCAAGCAAAGCCAUCAAGAAUGAAAGGAUUCUGGAGACCCUCAUGUUCCAAGCCAACUCGGGCAUGUACAGGAUCAACGACUCUUAUCUAGAGGCGUGUCAGCAGCGACUCCAGAAGCAAGACUCCAAGUUCAGCGAGUGGGAGUCCUUUGACUAUGGACUAUAGCGCCGGGUCCUUCUUCCCCUCCUCUUCCUCUUCCUGCUGCACCUGACCACCACCACCUCCACCACCACCACCACCACCACCACCACCACCACCACCACCACCACCACCACCACCACCACCACCACCACCACCACCACCACCCCCACCACCACCACCACCACCACCACCACCACCACUACUAGUAGUUGUCAGUCAUGAAGGCACUGGAAGGUCUGCAGAAGAGCAUCAGCGUGUUGCACUGUUGGCCGCUACUUGGCAACUCACUUCAUCUGGCAAAUCCUCACCUGCCUCAGUCUCAGUGUAAGGUUGACGUUGUUUCUACUUCUGGGGCAGCGAGCGGGAGUCGUACAGUUUCCGGGCAGCCUUAGAGUGUCCUCAAAAUGGACAACAACAUAGGACAUAAUAGAGGAGAUACUUUUCUCACCUGCUUGUGGAGAGGAACAGGUUAAUGUAAAGGUAGAACAGAGAUGACCGCUUUUUUGAGUUGGUCAUGUUUGUAUGUGUCUGUGUGUGUGCGUGUGUGUAAGUGUGUAUUUGGGUGUGGGUGUGACCUCAGGUGAAAUGUUAUGUACCCCAUGUAACUUGAUGCUCCGUGACCUCAUAUCACAGAAGGUUAGGUCACCAGGUGUCCGGAGGAGGUCAUGGAAUCUGUCUCUUAAAAAGCAGAUGCCAGCCGUUACUUGUUACUCUUAUUUCUCUGUGAUACUCUGCUCUUUCCUUCGCCAUGUCAUGUGUGUGUCGUCUGCAUGCCCAUGUGUGUUUGUGUGUAUUUGCAUGUGUACCCGUGUGUGUGUGUGUGUGUGUGUGUGUGUGUGUGUGUGUGUGUGUGUGUGUGUGUGUGUGUGUGUGUGUGUGUGUGUGUGUGUGUGUGUGUGUGUGUGUGUGUUUGUGUCGUAGUGCAGGUGUCUCAUGCACACGGCAACACACCUGUCGAGAUGAACUUGCUCUAGUGAACUGAUGACCUGGUAACCUGAAGCAUAAUGAGAGGCAGACAAACCCUUUAAGUUUAGAUCAGACAAAUGUGCUAAUGUGUAAGGCGAACAAGUGACAAACAGACAACUGUGUAACGGUAUCUAAGGAAUUAAACGGCAGAACCUCUUUUUGGUCUCACACACACACACACGUUAGGCCCAGGGUGAGGUGAUCACAAUGCCUUGGCCAGCAACACUAAACAGUCCAAACAGACAAUAAUACUACAACUGACGUACAAUAAGAUAAAAGAGGCAUAAGGUUUUUAUUAAGCUACUCCAACCCCACUUUUGAAGAAUACAUAGGUAGUGCAUAGUUUUAGUACAGUCACUAUCACUACCACUGACUACAGGAACUAGCUCACACAACCACAGACUAUCCUCACAAUGUCAUCUGUGACAUCCACAACUUAGAAGAAAUUUUAAAAGGCAAAGAAUUUCUACAAACCUAAGAAAUUUUUACAGCUUAAAUAUUGAGUAGAUAGUAUGCACUGAUAUGUAUACUACUACUAUGACAGUUCAAUCAUUGGAUGUUUGAUAGUACUUUUUUUUGCCCCCUUGUCUCAAAACCUGUACACACGAAGACUUAAAAAGAUGUAAACUUCCGACACAAACUCAGACUAGACUUGUUCAGGUGACGACUUCCGCCCUUUGUAGAUGAAGUUUCCUGGAACUAAAAAAAAGUGUGUAUAAUGCGAAAAGCUGUGAAAAUAAUACGCUUAUUGUCUAGAAAAUAUAUAGUGAG